CAAGAAUAGACUGUCCUCAAAUCGCAACACUUUUACAUGAGGGACUUUGUGUGCUAGUCUUAAUCAAUUAUAUUUAAAUGUACCCGAGAAGCACAUACGAUGUGUUAUGCUAUAUUUCGAUUCGCUGAGAAAGAAUCGGAUAUCCUUUAGAGCUCGUGACUGUUUCUUGGGCCUAUCAGUCCAAUGACCGAAUUAACCUCAAAGAAAUGUGAUGAGGUCCCACCCACAAAUGUAAUCAGCUUCACGAUUGGACGGGGGCUAUAGUGACGUGUUGACUCUCCCUGCGUGACGUCAAUGAAGGACAAAUUGGUUUACCGCGAGGACGUCGGGCCUCUAUCUGAGCCGCCGGUAACAGCGAAGCGGAGGCGCCAUUUUGUGAAAGAGUCAGAAAACCUCAUUCCCUAGGAUCAUGUACCCGACCACACUGACACAGCUGGCCCGGGCGAAUCCUUUCAGUGCCCCGCUGUUCACUUUGCAACAAGUCGAGGAGCCGAAACAGAGCUCCGUGAAGAAUGGGCACACCACCCGGAGGCUGGCCGCCGCCGCAGUGGCUGAGGAAGACAGCUGUGAAUUCGGCUCUGCAAAAUAUUUCAUCCUGUGUGGAUUCGGUGGCAUUCUGAGCUGCGGUACCACGCACACGGCUGUCGUGCCCCUUGAUUUGGUUAAAUGCAGAAUGCAGGUGGAUCCCGCGAAGUACAAGAGCAUUUUCAAUGGCUUCAGCGUCACCAUUCGAGAGGAUGGCAUGCGGGGUCUGGCAAAGGGCUGGGCACCCACCUUCAUCGGCUACUCCAUGCAGGGCCUUUGCAAGUUUGGCUUCUAUGAGGUGUUCAAGAUCCUAUACAGCGACCUCCUGGGAGAGGAAAAUACCUACAUGUGGAGGACCUCACUGUACCUGGCAGCGUCAGCCAGUGCAGAAUUCUUUGCCGAUAUAGCACUGGCCCCCAUGGAGGCAUGCAAAGUGCGUAUCCAGACCCAGCCGGGCUAUGCUAAUACCCUGAGGGAAUGCGCCCCCAAGAUGUAUGCCGAGGAGGGCCUCUGGGCGUUCUACAAAGGUGUGGUCCCCCUAUGGAUGAGACAGAUCCCCUACACCAUGAUGAAGUUCGCCUGCUUUGAGCGCACCGUGGAGGCCCUGUACAAAUACGUGGUGCCCAAGCCCCGCAGCGAGUGCUCCAAGGGCGAGCAGCUGGUCGUCACCUUCGUGGCUGGAUACAUCGCUGGGGUCUUCUGUGCCAUCGUGUCCCACCCUGCGGACUCUGUGGUGUCUGUGCUGAACAAGGAGAAGGGCAGCACCGCGUUACAGGUGCUCAAGCGGCUUGGACCCAAAGGUGUGUGGAAGGGUCUCUUCGCCCGUAUCAUCAUGAUCGGCACUCUGACGGCCCUGCAGUGGUUCAUCUACGACUCUGUGAAGGUGUACUUCCGCUUGCCCCGCCCCCCUCCCCCAGAGAUGCCCGAGUCGCUGAAGAAAAAGCUGGGCCUCACCGAGUAGAGCAGCUGCCUGGCCCGUGCCCCUUUCCUAACCCCCAGACACCAACAGACCGCACAGCUUUCAUUUUUCUAUAUUUAACGUACCUCCCGCAUUUCAUGUCUCAGCUGCUAUCUGCCUAGAUGGCGCCUAUGAGGAAUUUGGGGAGAGGGGUCCCCCUGCUGGUGGACAAGGGAAAGGGCAUUGGGGAUCAUGGUCUGGUUUUUAUCACCUGUGUUUAGUUAAUGUGGAUAUAAUAAUUAAAAGUCCCUUAAACACA